AUGAAGUUCUAUUCAUUGUUAUUACUGUACAUCAGUAUUAUAACCAAUCUACUUGUCGCUGUUGCUGAUACAGAACCCAAUCAUCUCCCUGGUGUUGACGUAUGUGCUAAAAAUGAAAUUGUAAACGGUUGUCCAAACUUAAAUUUUCAGCUCCAUCAAAAAAAUAAUGGAAUAAAUCCAACUUAUCAAAUGGAUCUACAAAAUGUUCAAUAUCUAACUGGCAAUAUUUAUAUGAUUACUGUCCAUGUCUAUGCAAGCGAAAAUAUUCCUUUAAGACAUUUAUCUUCUUUAAAGAUCACUGGUGUUCAAGGUCCACGGGUAACCAUCCCAUUAUGGGAUGCAAAUGGAGGUAUCACACCACCUAAUUUCAAACCAUCUGAUUUUACAACAACAUUCACUGUGUUUGGCAACCCACACGAGAAUCCAUGCUAUGUUUGGCUACCACCCUUUCAAAUCCAUUACGAAUAUAUCUACAGCAGUGACUGGAUCAGAAAGGGUUGGGGAAAAACUAACUUUGAUUUAACAUUAGGCUGUAAUGGUAACAGCCAAGGAAAUCCAAAUGCUGAUUUACCAUUAUAUUAUUGGUAUAAAAAAUGUGAUCACAAUUGCAAACCUCCAUCCCCAUCACCUUCUCCAUCACCAAGUCCAUCUCCUAGUCCAAGCCCAUCACCAUCACCAUCACCAUCGCCAUCACCAUCACCAUCACCAUCGCCAUCACCAUCACCAUCACCAUCACCAAGCCCAUCUCCAUCGCCAUCUCCUAGCCCAAGUCCAUCACCAUCUCCAUCACCAUCGCCAUCUCCUAGCCCAAGUCCAUCGCCAUCGCCAUCUCCAAGUCCAAGUCCAAGUCCAAGUCCAAGUCCAAGUCCAUCGCCAUCUCCAUCGCCAUCUCCUAGCCCAAGCCCAUCACCAUCACCAUCGCCAUCUCCACCGCCAUCUCCAAGUCCAAGUCCAUCACCAUCUCCAUCGCCAUCACCAUCUCCAUCACCAUCUCCUAGCCCAAGUCCAUCGCCAUCGCCAUCUCCUAGCCCAAGUCCAUCGCCAUCGCCAUCUCCAAGUCCAAGUCCAAGUCCAAGUCCAAGUCCAAGUCCAUCGCCAUCUCCAUCGCCAUCUCCUAGCCCAAGCCCAUCACCAUCACCAUCGCCAUCUCCACCGCCAUCUCCAAGUCCAAGUCCAUCACCAUCACCAUCACCAUCACCAUCGCCAUCACCAUCACCAUCACCAUCACCAAGCCCAUCUCCAUCGCCAUCUCCUAGCCCAAGUCCAUCACCAUCUCCAUCGCCAUCUCCAUCUCCAUCUCCAAGUCCAUCACCAUCGCCAUCACCAUCGCCAUCUCCAUCUCCAUCUCCAAGUCCAUCACCAUCGCCAUCUCCAAGUCCAAGUCCAUCACCAUCUCCAUCGCCAUCACCAUCUCCAUCACCAUCUCCUAGCCCAAGUCCAUCGCCAUCGCCAUCUCCUAGCCCAAGCCCAUCGCCAUCGCCAUCUCCAAGUCCAAGUCCAUCACCAUCUCCACCGGCAUCACCAUCUCCAUCACCAUCUCCUAGCCCAAGCCCAUCUCCAUCACCAUCGCCAUCUCCACCGCCAUCUCCAAGUCCAAGUCCAUCGCCAUCUCCAUCGCCAUCUCCUAGCCCAAGCCCAUCUCCAUCACCAUCGCCAUCUUCAAGUCCAAGUCCAAGUCCAAGUCCAUCGCCAUCUCCAUCGCCAUCUCCAAGUCCAAGUCCAUCACCAUCUCCAUCUCCAUCACCAUCGCCAUCUCCACCGCCAUCUCCUAGCCCAAGCCCAUCGCCAUCUCCAUCGCCAUCUCCUUCUCCAUCUCCAAGUCCAUCUCCUUCCCCAUCUCCAUCGCCAUCUCCAUCUCUUUCCUCAUCACAGUCUAAAAAUAUAUCCUCAAUUUCGAAAUCUUCUUAUCAGCACUCUUCCAUUUCAAAGUCUUCUUCCUCAAUUAUCACCUCUAAAUCUAAUGGUCAUACUUCUCUUUCUUCAAGAGUGAGUAGCCAUGCCAUUACAUCUUCACCAAUAGUUAGCGUUACUACUAUUUGUGAUGAAGAUAAUAUUUGUACUGUCACUACAAAAACCGAAACUAACAUUGUAGAUACAACUGAAACAAAAACAAUUACUACUUGUGAUGAAAAAGGAUCAUGUAAGGUAACUACACAACAUGAAACCCAUACUAAAGAAUUGCCACCCAUAACAACUACAGUUACUACCGUAAUUACAGAUUAUUGUGAUAAUAAACCUUGUGAACCAAUCACAACAAUUUUUACCACAAUAUGUCCGGUAACUUUAAGCACCUAUACAACAAUUUGCUCCACAACAACAAAUGAUGAACCAUGCCCACCAUACACCACUGUUAUUGUCACUACAAUCCCAAAGUCUCCGAUUACACAUCCAGCAAUUAUGGUACCACCUACUGUUCGUGAAACAAAGACAAUAACUACAGUUAUUUCAACUAGUCCAAAUGGUGAACCAUGCCCACCAUACACCACCGUUAUUGUUACUACAGUACCAAAAUCUCAGGAGGAACAUUCAUCUGAAACAAAGACUAUAACCACAGUUAUUUCAACCAGUCCAAAUGGCGAACCAUGCCCACCAUAUACAACUGUUAUUGUUACAACAGUGCCAAAGUCUCAAGGGGGACAUUCAUCUGAAACAAAGACUAUAACCACAGUUAUUUCAACCGGUCCAAAUGGCGAACCAUGCCCACCAUAUACAACUGUUAUUGUUACAACAGUGCCAAAGUCUCAAGGGGAACAUAGUUCUGCUACAACUACUCUUAGAUCAGAUAUAUACAUUUCCAAGAGUUCAAUUACAACUGUUAUUUCUACAGGUCCAAAUGGUGAACCAUGUCCACCUUAUACCACAGUCAUUAUCAAGUCUUCAGAAGCAUUGGAGCGUACCACUAUUAUAUUACCUCCUGCUAUUUCAACUUCUGCCGUAGAGCAAAAUUCUCCAACUAAAGAAAAAACAACACUUUCUGGCAAUUCACCAACUGCUAGCAUUGAUAAGAACUUCGAGGGAAAAGGUGCUAAUGUAAAAAAUCCUUUAGUGCUAAUUUUACUUUCUAUUUUACUUCUAAUUUAA